CGAUGUUUCUUCAAAGAUUUAUUCGCAAUGAUCCGAUCCAGACAGACCCUCCAGAGAUCUACAAUCUGCGGACAGUACUUGUCAGUCUAGUGGCAUGUGGUGGCGCACUCCUCUUUGGCAUGGACAUGGGUGUCAUCGGAGGUGUUUUGACCAUGGAACCUUUCAAAGAACAAUACGGUCUCAAUAAUAAAUCUGAAACAGCCCUUGCCAAUCUCUCGUCCAAUAUCGUCUCCGUCAUUCAAGCCGGUGCCUUCGCGGGCUGCUUCGUCUCAAUCUGGCUGGCCAACCGUAUCGGGCGGCGCAUGUCCCUUAUAUUAGCUUCGGUGCUGGUUUUCAUCGGCGUGGCAUUGCAAGCUGCAGCUUCUGGAUACAUUGCAUCGAUAUAUGUGGGAAGAUUCGUGGCCGGGAUCGCCAUUGGUAUCGCCUCCACAGUUAAUCCACUUUAUGUGUCAGAAAAUGCACCUCGUGGAAUCCGAGGCCUGCUGACUGGAUUUUAUCAACUGAGUAUUGUGACGGGUCUGACUCUUGCUUUCUGGAUUAAUUACGGCUGCUCGCUGCAUGUCAAGGGUCAUGCUCAGUAUAUUAUCCCUCUUUCUCUUCAAGCUCUCCCAGCAGUGAUCCUAUUUGUGGGUAUGAUGCUGGCCAACGAAUCACCCCGGUUCCUCGCCAUGAGAACUCCCGAUAAAGCGCUCAUAGUCCUCUCCAAGCUACGGAACCUACCGGUUGACCAUCCCUAUGUGCAAGAGGAGAUGCAAGGUAUCUUAGUAGGGCUUGAGGAGGAGCGCGCCCUGGCAUCUAGUACCUCAUGGCUCACAUUGAUCAAAGAGGCUUUCACCGUGAAAUCAUACUUCCGUCGCAGUUUCUUGUGCAUCACGCUGAUGAUGUGGAGCAAUCUGACUGGUACCAACGCCAUGACAUACUAUAGUGCUACAAUCUUUGAAAGCGUGGGACUAUCAGGCUCUUCUGUCAGCCUUUUCGCUACUGGAAUUUACGGAAUUGUAAAGUUCAUUGCCUGCUUUAUCUUCAUCGUGUUUGUGACCGACUCUCUGGGACGGAGAAAGAGUCUGUUAUGGACUGGCAUCGUCCAGGGUCUGGCGCUGUUUUUCGUCGGCUUCUACAUCCGCUUCGAUCCACCCGUGGAAGGAGGCAACCCAGAUGCUGCUGGGUAUGUCGCUUUGGUGGCUAUAUACGUAUUUGCCGCUACCUAUCAAUUUGGCUGGGGUCCUGUCGAAAUACCCGCAGCGCGCAUGCGAACUCUACAAAUGGGAAUGGCUACAGCCAGCCAGUGGCUGUUCAACUUUGUCGUAGCCAAAGCCACACCGAGCAUGUUCGCCACUCUGGGUGUGAAUGGCUUCGGAACAUAUUUUGUCUAUGGGUCAUUCUGUUUCGCGAUGGUGAUCUUCACCUGGUUCCUGGUUCCAGAAACAAAUGGAUUAUCUUUGGAAGACAUGAACGAUCUAUUCGCACAGAACAAUGUCCGGGCUAGAUUUACACCCUCUCGACUGAUUGUUAUUGACACGAACGACGAUCUCAAAGUUGACAUG